UUGGGGGGACCUUGGGCAUUCCGUGAACAGGGCACACCAUGGCAGUGCCCGGCGAGGCCGCCCGAGUCAGGCACAAGCCCGGCCACGGUGGGGUGAGUCAGGCCCCCCCGGCGGGUCCGGACUGCCACCGUCGCGCGGGCCCCGCAUCGCCGCGGGACUCGGGCUGCCACCGCUGCUGGGGAGACCUGGUGCUGCGGCCGCUCCGGCGCUCCCGGAAACUUUCCUCGGCGCUGUGCGCGGGCUCCCUGUCCUUUCUGCUGGCGCUGCUGGUGAGGCUGGUGCGCGGGGAGAUCGGCUGUGACCUGGAGCAGAGUAAGGAGGCGGCGGCGGCGGAGGAGGAGGAAGCAGCCCCGGGAGCAGAAGGGGGCGUCUUCCCGGGGCCUCGGGGAGGUGCUCCCGGGGGCGGCGCGCCGCUCAGCCCCUGGCUGCAGCCCUCGGCGCUGCUCUUCAGUCUCCUGUGUGCCUUCUUCUGGAUGGGCUUGUACCUCCUGCGCGCCGGGGUGCGCCUGCCUCUGGCCGUCGCGCUGCUGGCCGCCUGCUGCGGGGGGGAAGCGCUCGUCCAGAUUGGGCUGGGCGUCGGGGACGAGCACUUACUCUCGCUCCCCGCCGCGGGGGUGGUGCUCAGCUGCUUGGCCGCCGCGACAUGGCUGGUGCUGAGGCUGAGGUUGGGCGUCCUCAUGAUCGCCUUGACUAGCGCGGUCAGGACCGUGUCCCUCAUUUCCUUAGAGAGGUUCAAGGUCGCCUGGAGACCUUACCUGGCGUACUUGGCCGGCGUGCUGGGGAUCCUCCUGGCCAGGUACGUGGAGCAAAUCUUGCCGCAGUCCGCGGGGGCGGCUCCGAGGGAGCAUUUUGGGUCCCAGCUGAUUGCUGGGACCAAGGAAGAUAUCCCGGUGUUUAAGAGGCGGAGGCGGUCCAGCUCUGUGGUGUCCGCCGAGAUGUCGGGCUGCAGCAGCAAGUCCCAUCGGAGGACCUCCCUGCCCUGCAUACCGAGGGAACAGCUGAUGGGGCAUUCAGAAUGGGAUCACAAACGAGGGCCAAGAGGAUCACAGUCUUCAGGAACCAGUAUUACUGUGGAUAUUGCCGUGAUGGGCGAGGCUCACGGCCUCAUUACUGACCUCCUGGCAGACCCUUCUCUGCCGCCCAAUGUGUGUACGUCCUUGAGGGCAGUGAGCAACCUGCUCAGCACCCAGCUCACUUUCCAGGCAAUUCACAAGCCCAGAGUGAAUCCCGUCGUUUCCUUCAGUGAAAACUACACCUGUUCUGAUUCUGAAGAAAGCUCUGAAAAAGACAAGCUGGCUAUUCCCAAGCGCCUGAGAAGGAGUUUGCCCCCGGGUUUGUUGAGACGAGUUUCGUCGACUUGGACAACCACCACCUCAGCCACAGGUCUACCCACUUUGGAGCCUGCCCCAGUACGGAGGGACCGUAGCGCCAGCAUGAAACUACAUGAAUCACCUUCAUCCAGUUCUGUUGGUCCUGAUUCUUGGAAUAACCCAGUGAUGAUGACCCUCACCAAAAGCAGAUCCUUCACUUCGUCCUAUGCUGUUUCUACAGCUAAUCACGUAAAGGCUAAAAAGCCAAAUCGACCAGGUGCCCUAGCUAAAAUUUCACCUCUUUCAUCGCCCUGCUCCUCACCUCUCCAAGGGACUCCUGCCAGCAGCCCAGUCAGCAAAAUUUCUGCAGUGCAGUUUCCAGAAUCUGCCAACACAACUGCCAAACAAGGCCUAAGUUCUCAUAGGGCCUUAACUUAUACUCAGAGUGCCCCUGACUUAUCUCCUCAGAUCCUGACUCCGCCUGUUAUAUGUAGCAGCUGUGGCAGACCGUAUUCCCAAGGGAAUCCUGCUGAUGGGCCCCUGGAGAGAAGUGAUGUAGCCAUCCGGACACCAGGCAGAGCAGAUGACACUGCUCAAGUUACCUCUGAUUAUGAAACCAAUAACAACAGUGAUAGCAGUGAUAUUGUACAGAAUGAAGAUGAGACCGAGUGCCUGAGAGAGCCUCUGAGGAAAGCGUCGGCUUGCGGCACCUACACGCCUGAGACCAUGAUAUUCCUGGACAAACCCAUUCUUGCUCCUGAGCCUCUUGUCAUGGAUAACUUGGACUCAAUUAUGGAGCAGCUAAAUACUUGGAAUUUUCCAAUUUUUGAUUUGGUGGAAAAAAUAGGAAGAAAAUGGGGUCGUAUUCUUAGUCAGGUAUCAUACAGACUUUUUGAAGACAUGGGCCUCUUUGAAGCUUUUAAAAUUCCAGUUAGGGAAUUUAUGAAUUAUUUUCAUGCUUUGGAGAUUGGAUACAGGGAAAUUCCUUAUCACAACAGAAUCCAUGCCACUGAUGUCUUGCAUGCUGUUUGGUAUCUCACCACGCAGCCUAUCCCAGGCCUCUCCACUGUGAUCAAUGAUCACGGAUCAGCAAGUGAUUCAGAUUCUGACAGUGGAUUUACACAUGGUCAUAUGGGAUAUGUAUUCUCAAAAAUGUAUAAUGUGCCAGAUGAUAAAUACGGCUGUUUGUCUGGAAAUAUCCCUGCCUUAGAGUUGAUGGCACUGUAUGUGGCUGCAGCCAUGCAUGACUAUGAUCACCCAGGAAGGACUAAUGCUUUCCUGGUUGCAACUAGUGCUCCUCAGGCGGUGCUCUAUAAUGACCGUUCAGUUUUGGAGAAUCAUCACGCAGCUGCUGCAUGGAAUCUUUUCAUGUCCCGGCCAGAGUAUAACUUCUUAGUUAACCUUGACCACGUGGAAUUUAAGCAUUUCCGUUUCCUUGUCAUUGAAGCAAUUUUGGCCACUGACCUGAAGAAACACUUUGACUUCGUAGCCAAAUUUAAUGCCAAGGUGAAUGAUGAUGUCGGAAUAGAUUGGACCAAUGAAAAUGAUCGUCUACUGGUUUGUCAAAUGUGUAUAAAGUUGGCUGACAUCAAUGGGCCAGCUAAAUGUAAAGAGCUCCAUCUUCAGUGGACAGAGGGUAUUGUCAAUGAAUUUUAUGAACAGGGGGAUGAAGAGGCCAGCCUUGGGUUACCAAUAAGCCCUUUCAUGGACCGUUCUGCUCCUCAGUUGGCCAAUCUUCAGGAAUCCUUCAUCUCUCACAUUGUGGGUCCUCUAUGCAACUCCUAUGAUUCAGCAGGACUGAUGCCAGGGAAAUGGGUGGAAGACAGUGAUGAGUCAGGAGAUACCGAUGACCCAGAGGAAGAGGAGGAGGAAGAAGCACCAAAGGAAGAGGAAACCUGUGAAAAUAAUGAAUCUCCAAGAAAGAAAACUUUCAAAAGGAGGAAAAUCUACUGCCAAAUAACUCAGCACCUCCUGCAGAACCACAAGAUGUGGAAGAAAGUCAUUGAAGAGGAACAGCGGUUGGCAGGCAUAGAAAAUCAGUCCCUGGACCAGUCCGCCCAGCAGCAUUCCUCGGAACAGAUCCAGGCCAUCAGAGAAGAAGAGGAAGAGAAAGCAAAGCCAAGAGAAGAGGAGAUCCCAACCCCAAAGCCAAACGAGUGACAAUGGAUAGAAUGAGCUGUGUUUCCGAACAGAGUGACUUGUCACAGAGUCUCUUCAAGCCAGCACAACACUUAGACACAACACUGUAGAAAUACGAGAAGAUGGGCAAAUGGCUGUUGCAUUGUGGGAUUUUUCGCAUUUUAUGUGUUAUUUUUACAGUGAGGUACAUUGUUAAAAACUCUUGCUCAAAGAGGCUUU